CUUCGUUCCUUGCCUCGACCUCCUUUUCCCCUGGCCUAUAUCCUGUAAUAUGCCGAAAGUCGUCUCUCGUUCAGCAGUUUCCUCGUCGACAGAUGCCCAACCCACUGCAUCAUCGACGGCGGCUUUACGUGUCUACUAUUGUAUCUGUGGCGAGUUCAUUCUUGUUAUAGACAAAUCAUUAGCUAGUCUUCCGAAACGGACAACGGAUAGUGCGAUAGUCAUCCGGUCGCAAGAUAGUGAAGCGGGAAAAGCCCGUGUCUUCAAGCUGAAUGUUGUGAUGAAGGAUCCUAUUUUGAUUGAACGGCAAGGUGGUCACGAAAGGCAAUAUCGCCUCCACUGUCCCCGGUGCAGUUUGCUUGUCGGCUACCAGUCCACACCUCUUCCCAUCAAAUCCGGCCCAUUUGUCUACAUCCUGAAAGGUGCUCUCACACAGUUACAAGGACAAGUCCCCUCCGACGCGUUCGAAGACGAAAAGCUUAUACAAUCGUAACUAAAUGUCAUGGUUCUGUGUACCAUAUUUGCCACCUUGUUGUAAUGAUUUGCAUAUCUGAGUUC